GAUGCUCCCGUGGUUCCAGAUGCCCAAACUUGGCACACGAUCGUCAUUUGCAUGGCCAAAAAUAUCUGGUUUUAAGUUACAUGUUGACUGUUUACCGUCUUCGGAACGUUCCAGAUCAAAUCUCCAAAGAGCCACCGUGUUCCUCGUGCUUCAGGUUUUGAGAGAAAUCAGGGAGUUGUUAUGUUUUGCUCGUGCCAACUGUACUUGAGUUGGAGCGUUCCAAGUUGCGUUACAGAAGUUCAAAUCUGAUGUAGUUUGAUCGUCACUGUCGUUGUGCAAGGCAGAAAGAAAUCAUGGCGUCUGGUUCGGACUCCCCGCUUUUCAAGUUCGUCCCCAGUCAAAAGGACUGUGAGCACUUCCUAGAGGCAGUCUAUGCUGGAAAUGAACGUGUCAUUAAGAAUACACUUGUCGGUGGUAUUGACGUCAAUGCUGUGUCAAUGAAGGAUGGCACCACUCCCUUGAUGAUUGCAGCGUGUAAAGGUCGGCCUGAGAUCAUCUCCCUCUUACUGCGUGGUGGGGCAGAUGUACACCAGUGCAACAAGGAUGGCUAUACAGCACUAAUGAUGGCAGCUGGCUAUGGGAACAGCACAGUGGUGUUUCAGCUCCUUGCAAACGGCGCUGACGUGAACUACUGUAACAAGACCCACGAGAACGCACUGGUAGUGGCUGUGAGCAGGGGACACUCAGUGGUGGUGUCUCAGCUGCUUGCAGCUGGCGCAGACGUGAACCACCUGAACCGGGAGGGUUCCAACAUGUUGCACCUGGCGGCGACGGCCGGGCAGGACGCCGUGGUGGCGUACCUGCUGGCGGAGGGAGCCGACAUCAACCAUAUCAACAAGGACGGCUUCACGCCGCUCAUGAUGGCUGCUGGGAAGGGUUCCAUCGCUGUGCUCACACAGCUUCUGGCAGCAGGAAGAACUUUCAAGAAUCCUUAUGCCCUGGAAUCAGGUGUGAAUGUGAACUAUGCCAACAAGGAAGGCAACACUGCCCUGUUACUAGGAGUGCACCAAGGAGAUGACGAGGUCGUGAGAGAAUUAAUCCUAGCAGGAGCCAAUAUCAAUCACGUCAACAAGAAUGGGCUCACUGCCCUCACUGUGGCAGCAAUACAGGGCCAUGCUAAGGUUGUGAAGAUCCUGAUCAACCACGGAGCAGAUGUAAACCACCAAACCCCCGACGGCCUGGACGCUCUGAUGGUGGCCUGCAACAAAAACCACAGCCGUAUCGUGGCCCUGCUCCUGCGGGCGGACGCAGACAUCACACACAGAGACAAGUCCGGGAUGACGGCGCUGAUGAAUGCCAUGAGCCACGGACUGGACACCAUCGUGCUGCACCUGCUCCUGUCUGGGUACUACAGUCCCGAUCACGUGGAGGAGGCCAUGAUGAUGAUGUUAGACGAACAGUCCCAGGCCAUCUUCCCCACACUCAUCAAGACUUGUGGGGAAAUGUUGGAUCCACUUGUCAGGAGACUGUUGGACUAUGAGACCACCCCGCCCCACAGGAAGCUGAUCAUCCUGCAGCGCAUGUGUGUGGCCGACCCUAAGCUGUUCCUGCCGGCGCUGAACAGACAGCGCUGUGUGCCUCACCUGAUCGAACUCAUCAGGAACCCUGACUACAACAACAACGACGCUGUGGUGGAACAGUCCAUUCGCAUCAUAUGGGAGGUGUUGUCCGGUCAGCAGAAAUCUGUGGCAGAAAGGGCCAUCAACCAGCUGCUGGAUGCCCAGGGGACAGAGGUGCUGUGGUCACUGAUUGACCGCCACACCAAGACCAACAUCACCCUGGCCCUGCUGUGUGUGACGUUACUCUGUCUGCUGGCCCGUGCACCCAGGGGACAGCAGUUCCUCCGGGGGGAGGACAACCAGUACUUCUUCGGACAGGAGAUCCCUCGCAUGUUGACAUUUGUGAAAGAUGCAGAGGCUACAGAGGCCUUUAAGAAGUUUGUGCGGACUGUGGAACAUGUGCUGGUGGUUUAUCCCACCAUGUUUCCAUCUCUGCUGGAAGUGAGCAUGCGGCUAUCCUUAGACCUGCUGGAGAUAGAGAUCAUGGGUGUGGUGGUGCAGGCCAUGGUGGGCUGUCUGGAGACACAGGGGGAGACCGUCCGCACAGAGCUGCACAAACUGCCACACAACACCCUGCUGAACAGUGUGGUGGACCUACUCAACAUGGCAUAUAUACAGAUGUGUCCAAGCUGGCCCUAUUGA